AUGCCACCGAAGCGGCCAGAACACAACCGCUCCCGCUCUAGCGCAACGGCGCAGCAGCGCCUCUACGUGCCUGCGGGCACGCCUCUCGCCAUCGAGGUCGAUGAAGGCAUGCUCGAGCGAGCCGUCAUGAGCCGCCCGGGCACGCCCGACUCGUCUUCCUCCCGAUCGCCGCGGUCCCGCUCUCCUCGCGCCAGAAGCAGACCGGUCGGGUCUUCGCUCUCGCCUAACCGGUCGUCGAAGGGGGACGAACGCCGGGUCUCCGACACUGGCUACCUCGCCGACGGCGACGGCACUCCCGGUUCCGGGUUUGAGGGAUGGGACGGCGACGAACGUCCAGAGAACCCCCGCACGGCCUCUGCCGAUGACUGGGACAAUGUGCGAGACGGCAGCAUCUCGCGCCGGCCGGCGUGGCGGAAACCAAGCACGCGCUGGGUAAUCCCCUUCCUCGUCGGCAUCACGUUCAGCAUGGGCAUCACGACGGCCCCGCGCGCCGAGCUCAUCGUUGACAUUGCGUGUCUCGUCCACCCGCCCCGGACGCCGAGCAACGCCGUCGCCGGCAUCGAGGUCGCGCCAAGGGCCUACACCCACAUGCCGGGCACUGGCGCCCAGAUUCUGACAUUUGCGUCCCCGCCUGAUGUCGAGGCUCCCAUCCAGGCGCCCGGCAAGCCCGCCCCGAUCACGCCGCGCGAGCCUCUGUCUCCGGCCGCGAGGUGGUUCAUCGACGCACAGAAGGAGAUCAACGAGCACCUGUCCGCUGGAAAGGGCGACGGCUCUCCCGGCCCCGACGGCGACAACAGCAGCUCGCCGCACCCUUAUCCCGAGAUUGACCCGAAGCUCUGCAAGGAGGACCCCAACGUUGCCUCUGCCGCCGCACAGCUGACCAAGGUUCUGACCAUGACUGCUGGGCUCCUGUCGGCGCUGACGACGGGCUUCUGGGCCGGCGUGUCUGACCGCAUCGGCCGCCGCAAGAUUAUGGCGGUGGUGGCGUUUGGCCUGAUGCUGAACGACGCCUGCUUCCUCUACUUCUCGAGCCACCCCUGGUUGCUCAUGCGGAGCAAGAUGUAUGUCUUGCUCGUCGGUCCCGUCCUCGACGGACUGCUCGGUGGUCUGUCCACGGUAACAGCCACGAUCCACGCCUACGUAUCCGACGUGACACCGCCCGGCUCCCGCGCCACCGUCUUCUCGCAGGUCGGCGGCUCGCUCAUGCUCGGUCUCCUCUUUGGCCCUGCCACAAGUUCCGCCGUCGUCUACCUCAGCGACAACAUGUGA